UGGUGCUCCGGCUGGGCUGGCCGCUGGGCCACAGACUGGAGCCAAGCUGGGUCUGAGGACUGUUCGGCUGGAAGGAAUGCUUUUCCCUGGGCUCCCUGUUGUCCCUCAUCUCCAACAUCCCCGUUGGAGAACCUGCAGAUCGAAAGAGAAUUCAAAGACCUCUCAACCAACGCACACGUGCAGAUCCGAUCUGCAUCCUGGUUCAAACUGUUAGAAACCCCAAAUCACUGACAGCAAAACCAGCCAUUUAUCCAGCUUAAUGAGAGGGAUGGAAAGGUGAACAAUCACCAGGCUGCUGGAAUGGAGAGCCCCCUGGCAGACUGUGCUCAGGGUGGGCAUUUCCAUGUGGUCACUCCUCUGCUGGAGAGCUGGGCACUAUCCCAGGUGGCAGGCACGACCGUCUUCCUCAAGUGUGAGAACGUGCAGCCGGCCGGCUCCUUCAAGAUCCGGGGCAUUGGGCAUUUCUGCCAGGAGGCGGUCAAGAGGGGAUGCAGACACUUGGUGUGCUCCUCAGGUCACAUAUCCACCUCUGGGACCAGAAAGAGGACGGAAGGGGGCAACGCAGGCUUUGCUGCUGCUUAUGCCGCUCGGAAGCUGGGCAUCCCUGCCACCAUUGUGCUCCCUGAGGGCACCUCCCCGCACGUGGUGAGGAGGCUGCAGGGGGAAGGGGCUGAAGUCCAGCUGGCUGGAAAGGUCUGGGACGAGGCCAGCCUGAAGGCACAAGAGUUGGCCAAGAGGGAUGGUUGGGUGAACGUCCCUCCCUUUGACCACCCCCUGAUCUGGGAAGGCCAUGCCAGCCUGGUGCGAGAGCUGAAGGCAGCACUGGGGACCCCACCGGGGGCCCUGGUGCUGGCAGUAGGCGGUGGAGGGCUCCUAGCUGGGGUGGCAGCUGGCCUCAUAGAGGUGGGCUGGCAGCAUGUGCCCAUCAUCACAGCAGAGACCCAAGGGGCACACUGUUUCAAUGCAGCCAUCAAGGCAGGCAAGCUAGUCACACUGCCAGACAUCACCAGUGUGGCCAAGAGCCUGGGUGCCAAGACUGUGGCCAGGAGGGCCCUGGAGUGCACAAAGGAGCUGGAGAUCUUCUCUGAGGUAGUGGACGAUGCCCAGGCCGUGAGUGCCGUGCAGAAGUUCCUGGACGACGAGCGCAUGUUGGUGGAGCCUGCCUGCGGGGCAGCUCUGGCUGUCAUCUACUCAGGCCUCCUGGGGAGGCUCCAGGCUGAGGGCCGCCUGAGCCCCUCCCUGGCCUCGGUCGUGGUCAUUGUGUGUGGAGGCAACAACAUCAACAGUCAAGGGCUGCAGGCCCUGAAAGCCCAGCUGGGUCAGAGCUGAGGGCCCCUCCUCCGGACGGACACACCGGCAGGUGGCCGAGGGGCCUCUGGGCUCAUGGAUGGUGCAGCCGCCUCCUACAGGAAGCCCUCCUGCUCCCUGUGACUCCCCGCAGCCCUGGCCAAUAAACCCUUUCUGAGU